AUGAAAGAUCAGCAUUCAUUAAUUCUUACUUUUAUUAUUCUCCUGUAUCUCCCUACACAUCUGGCUUUAUCGUGCAAGUCUAUUAGUGACUGUCGUAAUGGAUUCGUAUGCUCCACUGCUCCAUUAAUGAAAGGGAAAUGUGUUUACGGGUGUCAUGAUAAUUACGAUUGUGCAAUCGAUACAACUCCUAACCAGAACCAGAAAUGUGAUAAGACAUCUCCCUAUUGGUCAUGUACUUGUGGAAGUAAAAGCGCUUGUCCAGAAGGCGUAUGUUUUAACGGACAUUGUACCUUUUCCUGUUUGAAGGAUUCUGAAUGCGUGGAAGUAUAUGGUGACGGAUAUGUAUGCUCAACUGUUCGACCAACGAAUGGGACAUGCAUUUAUGCGUGUCACUAUGGAAGUGACUGUGCUAGCGAUAAUUGCAACAAAACUAAAACUCCUCAUUGGUUAUGCACUUGUGGCAAUAAAUGUAAGGGAGUAG